AUCCAUGUUCAUUACCUGUGGAACCUGGUUCCUGCAAAGGCUCUCAUCUUAGAUGGUAUUACAAUCAACAAACACAGAUUUGUGAGGAUUUUACUUACACUGGAUGUUUCGGCAAUCCAAAUCGCUUCCUUGAUAAGUCAACAUGUGAACGCAAAUGCAAUGUUGUAACUGAUCAAGAUAUUUUACGUGAACGACGACCGCCUCGCUGUACCUUGGAGAAAGACGGUGGACCAUGCAGGGCUCAGUUACCAAAGUACUACUUUAAUUCGGCUUCUGGUCAGUGUGAGAGUUUCAUUUACGGAGGAUGUCGAGGAAAUGAAAAUAGGUUUGAUUCAGAAAAAAGAUGCGAAGAGACAUGUGUGUCUAUAGAAAAAGCCUCACCCCAAGCUGUGUGCAGUCUGCCUAGAAAGGAAGGUCGCUGUCGUGCUUACAUUCUGCAGUGGCAUUACGAUGAAGAGUUGAAUUUCUGUACAGAAUUUUACUAUGGUGGUUGUGAUGGCAAUGCUAACAGGUUUAACUCACAAGAAGAGUGCCAAGCUUUAUGUAGUGGCUUUGCUGGCGGAGAUGGUGUUGGUGGUCAAGAGACUCUUUGUGAACAAAGACGAUCCCAGUCAUUACAAGGCUCACGAGGACAACUUGGUCGUUAUGUUGCACAGUGUAAACAAGACGGCAGAUUUGAACCUCUACAGUGUCAUCAAAGUACUGGAUUUUGUUGGUGUGUUGACGAUAAUGGUGAAGAACGCCAAGCAACACGUAGUCCGCCUGGAACACAGAAACCAAAUUGCGAAGGCCAUAAAGAAGAAACUCUUUGUAACCGAAAAUACCAGUCUGCCUUGGAAGAUGUCCAGGCUUUAGCUGGGAGAUAUAUUCCACAAUGUACUGCUGAAGGAGAGUUUCAACCCAUGCAGUGUGAUCCUAGUAGUGGUUUCUGUUGGUGUGUGGAUGGGGAUGGCAAUGAUAUUCCAGACACUAAGCUAGCUCCUCCAGAUAGACCAACAUGUACUAAAGAAAAUGUUGGUCAAUCAAACUGCCGAAGACAAAGACAACAAGCUUUGGGUAUACCAGGAGCCCUUGUACCAGAAUGUACUGAUUCCGGAAAGUUUACGCCGAUUCAGUGUCAAGGUGCAGAUUGCUGGUGUGUCAAUGAAAAUGGUGAUGAAAUCAUUGGAACACGACGAGGACCAGAGGAUGCCAGACCUGACUGCCAAGAUGAGCAGCCAGAUGAUACACCAUGUAGAAGGCAAUACAUAGAAGCCAUUGCUGAUUCAGAGUUCAUUGUUGGACUCUUUAUACCACAAUGCACUCAAUCUGGUGAGUUUGAAUCAACCCAAUGUCAUGGCAGUACAGGUUACUGUUGGUGUGUCACAGACAAUGGAGAGGAGAUACCAAAUACUAGAAGAUCACCAAAUGAAGAUCAAGUCAUUUGCCAAGAGGUCCCAAGGGGUGAUACAGAAUGCCAUAGACAGCGUUCACAUGCUUUAUCCAAUCUACUACCGGGUCAGAUUGUACCCCAGUGUGCAGAAGAAACUGGAGGAUUUUUACCAAGACAAUGUUGGGCCAAUUCUGGAUAUUGUUGGUGUGUUAAUGAAUUAGGAAAGGAGGUUCCAGGAACUAGAACAGGACCACAUGAUCCAAGACCAGAAUGUGAUAAAUAUCAACCCAAACGUGAUACUCUGUGUCGGAGUUUGAGAGCGGAUGCUUUGGUUCGUUUAUACCCAGACCAGUUUAUCUAUGAAUGUACACAGGAUGGUGACUUUGAACCGUUACAGUGCUAUGGUUUCACCGGCUCAUGCUGGUGUGUUAAUCAGAAAGGAGAGGAGGUAACAGCUACACGGAGUACGCGGUAUGAACCAGCUCCCGAUUGUGAAGCUUACAGACCUCUGGGUACCCCAUGCCUUCGCCACAGAGAAGAAGCUCGAAACAGCAUAGACCUUGGAGGUCGUGCCUAUAUACCCGCGUGUAGAGAUGAUGGAUUCUAUUCAGAGAUACAAUGUUACAGUGGUCAAGAUGCUGGAUACUGUUGGUGUGUUGAUUACAAAGGUCAGGAAAUCUCUGGUACAAGAACUUUAGAGAGAGGGAAAACUCCUAAUUGCAAAGGUACAACUGAACCUGAAUACACUAUUGAUAGUGGUGAAGUGGAAGGUAGCGGGAGUGACGAGGAUGAUGUCAUUAGUGUUAUCAUUCCUGGAAUAAUAGAUGAUUGUAGAUAUGCACCACAUGGUUGUUGUCCGGAUCACAUUACUCCAGCAAAUGGACCGAACUUUUUUGGAUGCCCGACUAUUAUUGCUGAAGAUAUUGAAGUUGAGAUUGCUCCUGUAGUCGGUGAUUGCCGAAGUAGUCCAUAUGGUUGUUGUUCAGACGGACGCACUCCCGCAUCUGGACCUGGUGGCAUUGGAUGUCCUGUUGUUGAAAAAGAACCAGAUACUGAUAGUUGCAGAACUACUUUCUAUGGUUGUUGCCCAGAUAGAGUGAGGGCUGCCCUUGGACCUGGUUAUUUGGGGUGCCCUGGUGUGAUUCCAGAGGAGGUUGAUAGAGAAGUUAUUCCCAUCGUUGGCGAUGAUUGUCUCAGUACUCCAUAUGGUUGUUGUCCUGAUAGGAUCACUGUCGCUAAUGGUCCGGGAGGAAUUGGAUGCCCAAAAAUUGUUGAGGAAGAGAUUGACCGGGAAGGGGUGCCAGUUACUGGCGGUGACUGUCGAACAACACCUUAUGGUUGCUGCGCUGAUGAUAAAACUCCUGCCAAUGGUCCUGGUUUUAUCGGAUGCCCACCAGUAGUAGAAGACGAAAUAGACCGUGAGGUAAUACUAGAUAUUGGAAGUGACUGUAGGUCCACAUUCUUUGGAUGCUGUCCUGAUGGAGUCACCGUUGCUGGGUUUAAUAAUGAUGGCUGUCCAUCGGUUAUUAAUGAGGAGAUUGACAGGGAAGAGGAACCGGUGGUUGGAGAAAACUGCAACUCAACACCAUAUGGAUGUUGCUCCGAUGGGAUCACACCUGCAUCUGGUUUUGAUUUCUAUGGAUGUGUAGAAGAUGAAAUAGAUGUAGAAGAUUCACAGGGUUAUGGAUGUGUUACAACUAGAUAUGGCUGUUGUUUAGAUGGUAUUAAUGCUGCACUGGGAGCUAAUUUGUUUGGAUGUCCAGGUGCUCGUCCUGCUUCUGUUAUCCCAGGACCUUCGGAUAUCACAGUGGAUGAAGGUGAUUCUAUUACUUUACAGUGCUCUGCCUCUGGUUUACCUAAACCGCAGGUAGAAUGGAUGAAAGGAAGUUACAAAAUCAAUGACCUGAACAUCGACAACUUGAUAGAUAUUGGAAAUGGUUCAUUUACCAUAAGAGACAUUGCAGCAGAAGAUGCUGGUAUCUAUGCAUGUAGUGCGUACAAUGGACUGGGACAACCGGCAAUCUACAGAGUGUUUGUCACAGUUCUUGUCCCUGUUGAGAUUCAAGAAGGUCAGUCAGUAGUGACGGCAUCACGUGGUGAGACAGUACAGCUGAAAUGUCAUGCAACAGGAGUUCCUAAGCCCAAUGUCUAUUGGCAUAAAGGCAGUGUUCGUUUACCGGCGGGCAUCCCACGCUUUUCUCAGAUACAAGAUGAUUCUCUGGAGAUAAGUUCUGUAUCAUUGAGUGAUGCUGGUGAUUAUGUAUGCACUGGAGUUAACAAUGUGGGAACUAUUCAGAAAAAAACUAUUACACUUGUAGUUCAUGCUGAUGUAGAUAUCAUAUCAGGACCACUAGAUAUAACUGCUACAGUUGGUGAUAUCAUCACAUUAACUUGUCAAGCCACUGGGUCACCUCCACCAUCAAUCAAAUGGUCAGUCAAUGGUGUACCUGUCGCUAAAGUUGGUAGAUUUAUUGUUCAAGGGAAUGGAGACCUUUACAUUACAAGUGUUCAUAAAAGUGACAGUGGUGUGUACACAUGUACUGCUGCAAAUGGUAGAAAUACUGUCAGUGCGUCUAGUGAAGUCACUGUCACAGGUGCUCCAGUUGAUCCGAAUUGCAAGGAUGACAGUGAAUUUGCCAAUUGUAAACUCAUCUUAGCUGGUAACUUCUGUUCUAAUAAAUACUAUGCACGGUUCUGCUGUAAAACAUGUUCUGAUAAUGGAUUUGUAUAGAACACUUGAAAACAAAAAAAUAUAGAUGUGUACAGUAAGAUAUCUUUAUUAAUAAUCAACCAACAGUAAAAUUUAUUAUUGAAUAUCUGUAACACUCUGAAACAUAGUUUUAAAUAAUUUUUAAAUCAGUUAUAGUAUGUAUUUUUAACAUGAUUUUAAGUAACAUAAUACAUUCCAAUUUUUAAAAAUUUUACAGCUGUUUCAAUUUACUCUACUUUUUUUUUAACUUGAUUGCCUGAAUAUAUACAUAUCUAUACAUUUUUACAUAUAGUGAUUAAGAAUAUUUUCAAAGGAUAAAAUUAAUUGAAGUGUGUGAAAUCAUGUAUUAAAUUUUUAAUAAGAUGUCAUUCCCACAAUAAAAGUAGUGCAUUUCUGACAAUUUUUUUAUAUUUCUUUAUAAUGUAUCUGUUUUUCACUGCAACCAAUGUAUUAUAAGGUAUAAGGUGAUUAAUUAGUGCAGUGCAAGCAUUCUGAAAUAACAUUGAAAACAACUUACUGAGUAUGUCAAGUUUAACUAGCAUACCACCAUGUUAUAGACAAUUAUUAAAAUGUUAUGUUUAAACUUGUUAAAAACAUGAAUUUGUCAAAAAAUAAUUAAUAAAUAAUCACAAUUACUCUUUA